GUGUAAAACUUCUCUUGCAUGGUCUUUGCUCCAACACCACAGUCAAAUCUUUGGAUCUGAAGGGAAAUAACCUGCGAACCGUGGGAGCUGAGGCUUUGGGAAAACUUCUUAGGCAGAACAAAUCCAUCAGGAGCCUAACCUUGGAAUGGAACAGCCUUGGCAUGUGGGAGGAGGGCUUCUCCUUUUUCUGCCAAGGACUGGGAGCGAACAACUUUCUCCAGCGGUUGGAUCUGCGCAAUAACCAGAUUAACCAUCAAGGGGCUGCAGAGCUGGCCAUGGCACUGACACAGAAUGACAGCCUUCAGGAGCUGGAUUUGCGUUGGAAUAAUAUUGGACUUCUGGGUGGCCGAGCUCUGCUGAACUGCCUGCAGAGCAACAGGACCCUGAAGAAGCUGGAGCUGGCAGGGAACAACGUUCCUGGUGACAUCCUGAAAGCUGUGGAACAAGCCUUGGAUCACAACAGAGACCGUGAGACUAUCCUGAGUGAGGCCCAGAACCAAGUAUCCAUCCUCAGUAAGGAGGUGAUGAGUCUGAAGGAUGAGAAGAACAAGCAGUUCUUGGAUCUUAUGGACACUGUAGACAAGCAGAAAGAAGAAAAAGCCAGGAGUGAGAGAAUGUCUGCAGCACAAAUCAGCCAGCUGCAGGAAGCAUUGGAUGAGCACUACUCCAUUGUGAAUUCACUGAAAGCCAAGCUGCAGAUGACUGAAGCUGCCCUGGCUCUGUCUGAGCAGAAGGUACACAACUUGGGAGAGCUGCUGAAUGCCAUGAAACAGGAACAAACCAGUGUGGCUGAGUCCCACUUUAAGGAGCUCCAGCAACAGAGGCAGGAAAGUGCUGAUCGGGAAGACAAGCUUUUGCAUGAUUUGUCUGCUGCUAGUGAAAAAAAUCUGCUGCUGAGAAAUCAGGUAGGAAACCAACAGGAUCAGCUGUUCCAGGUAAAACAAGACUUGACCAACACAACAGCAGAGCUGAAGCUGCGGGCUGUGCAGGCCGAGGAACGUCUGGAAAUGGAGAAGAGAAGAUUUAAACAAAGCCUUGAAGACAUGGAAUCCCUUCGGGUAAAAGAGGUGGAUCAUAUGACACAGCACAUUGAGGCCAGUGAACGUUCCAUGCAGGACAGGAUCCAGAGGCUGGAGGCCAUCAGGAUAUCUCUGGAGGAGGAGCUGAGCCAAGUCAAAGCAGCUGCACUCGCUGAGCGAGGCCAGGCAGAGGAGGAGUUAAUGAAAGUCCGAAGCCAGGCACGCUUGGAGGAGCAGCAACGACUAGAACACCUAGAAGAGAAGCUGCGGCUGAUGACUGAGUCACGGGAUGAAGCUCAGAACUGCUGCCUUAAGCAAAAAGAAAUGGUUGCUGAGGCCCAGGCCAGAGCCAAACAGUGCAGCAUGCAAGCUGAUGGACUGAGGAGGCGGCUGGAGGAACUUCAGCAGGACCUGAACCGUAAGGAAGAGGAGAAAGUGACAGAGGUGAAUAAGGUGAAAGUGGAAUUACAGGAGCAGAUUGGGCACCUGCAGGCUGAACGCACAGCACAGGACGGGCUGAGAGAGAAGAUUGCAGCUCUGGAGAGGCAGCUGAAAGCCCUAUCAAAUAAUCAUCGUGAGGCACUGCUGGACAAAGAGGGUGAGAUGUCUCUGCUGCUGGAGAAGCUGAGAAUGAAAGAGGCUGAGAUCUCCAGGAUGAGGGAAGAGGAGGCCCAGCGAGCAAGUUUCUUGCAGAAUGCCAUCAUGGCAUAUGUGCAGGGAUCCCCCUUGGGAACCCACAGUUCUAGGAAAUGA